AUGAAGUCAAUGAUCUUUGGUCUUUCCCUGGCUAGUGCAGCCGUUGCCCAGAUCGCCAAUGGUGUGUCCAUGGUGUCGUAUGCUUCACCCGCAGCAACCGGUGCGCAAGACAACUCCAACUACGGCGCGUAUGGCGCAUACGCCCCCGCCGCGUCUUCCUCGUCGGACAUCUACCAAAUGAUGCCGUAUUCGUCUUACAUGUCCGGCGGAUACAAGAGCCUGAGCUGUGGUUACGGCUACUCCAAGAGCUCCGAUGGAUCUUGCCAGGCUCAGUCCUGGUACUCCGCGCAGAACAUGGGUUGCUACGAGACAAUCAUUAUCAACCACGGAAGCAGCGGAGGCUGUGGCAGCAGUGGGUGCGGCGGCGGCAGCAGUGGCGGAUACUCUGGCGGUUCAUACGGUGGAGGAGGCGGAGGAUGUCCUCCUGCUGGCACGAUGACGAUGACUGUCACUGAGACCAUGUCCGCAUCUACCGUCACUCAGACCGUCAUGUCCACGAUGACUGUGCCCACGACCAUCACCAUGUUCGAGACUCAGACUGCGACCCAGACGAACACCCAAGUUGUCACCCAGACUAACGUCUACACUUCGAUCGAGAUGGUCCCGACCACUCGCGUCUGGGUUUCCACGCAGACCAUCGACAACACCAAGACUGUUGACAUGACCUUGACCACCACGGAGAUGAAGACUGCCACCCGCGUCUACACUCAGACCGCCACCCAGACCGACACUGCCACUAAGGUCGUCGACCACACCGUCACUGACCUGAUGACUGUCACCCAAGUGUCGACCAUGCUUGUGCCGACGACUUACACCACUGUUGACGUUUCGACCAAGGUUAUCGACAACACCCAGACCGUGAUGGAGACGCAGACUAAAGUUGUCACCGACUCGUUCACUUCGAUCAUGACUGAUAUCAUGACCGCUACCGUCACUGAUUUCAAGACCAUGACUGACACUGUCACCCAAGUGCAGCCCACGACUUGGGUCCAAACCGUCGUCAGCACUUCGGUCAUCGACAACACCAAGACCGUGGAGAACACCAUCGUCUCGACUGUCACCUCGAGCGUUACCAAUGUGCAAACGACCACAUACCUGUCGCUCCAGACCCAGACGGCCACCGUUACCACGACUGAUGUUCGCAACGUCCAGGAAACCGGUCUCUCCAACUGCCUGGGCAACUGCAAGUCCAUGUACGGUCUCAACGGUGGAAACAGCAACAUGUCCAACACUUAUGCCUCCCCGACGGCGGCUACCACUGCUGUUCAAGCCACUGCUACUAGCGGUGGCUGCAGUGGAUCCAGCUGUGGAGGAUCCAGCUCCUCGAUGUCGGGUUGCAGCGGCUCGAGCUGCGGCGGAUCCAGCUCCUCCUCUUCCGGCUGCAGCGGCUCUAGCUGUGGCGGAUCUAGCUCCUCUUCUUCGUCGGGCUGCAGCGGGUCGAGCUGCGGCGGGUCGAGCUCUGGCUCCUCUUCCUCUUCGGGCUACUCGAGCUCGAGCUACGGAAGCUCUGGGUCGAGCUCGAGCUACGGAAGCUCCGGUUCGAGCUCUGGCUACGGGAAGUAAAGGGUCCGGGCUGAAGGCAUAAUGUUCAUGUUGUCACGAAGGUACCUUGUCACGUCUUUUCCCAACCCUGCACUGUUGCAAUACGGACAACCAUUAUCAUGGACAUCACUAUUUCGUUGAAUUUUGCUGCUUUAUAUAUAUAUAUUGGUGCUUAAUGUGUUUUGAAGUACUAGCUAGAAGGGAGCAGGUGGAUCCUUGCUCCAGGCCUCUGAUUCCGCCCGUCCCUCGUUGUAGAAACAGAGCUUUUGUCAACAUUGUCGCCG